GCAAAGGGUAACACUAGAAAUGCUUCCACGCACACUCCGCUCAACUGCUUUCAAUAGAAUUCCAAGGGCAGUUCCAAAACUCGCCACAAGAUUCCAAUCAAACGGACGUGCUACAGGUCCAGUCUGUGGUAUUGAUCUUGGUACAACCAACUCAUGUGUUUCCAUCAUGGAAGGUCAAACUCCAAGAGUUUUAGAAAACGCCGAAGGUGGCCGUACUACACCAUCCGUCGUUGCCUUCUCAAAGGACGGUGAAAGACUCGUUGGUGUACCAGCCAAGCGUCAAGCUGUCGUUAACCCAGAGAACACUCUUUUCGCAACCAAGCGUUUAAUCGGUCGUAAAUUCACAGACAAGGAAGUUCAAAAGGAUUUGAACCAAGUUCCGUUCAAGAUCGUUCCUCACUCAAACGGUGACGCUUGGGUUGAAGCUCGUGGACAAAAGUUUUCACCUUCACAAAUUGGUGCUUUCGUCGUUGAAAAGAUGAAGGAAACCGCAUCAAACUACCUCGGUAAAUCAGUUAAGCACGCAGUCAUCACUGUUCCAGCUUACUUCAACGACUCACAACGUCAAGCUACCAAGGAUGCUGGUACUAUCGCCGGUUUGGAAGUUAUGCGUGUCAUUAACGAACCAACCGCUGCUGCUCUCGCUUACGGUCUCGAAAAGGAAGACUCUGGUGUCAUCGCCGUAUACGAUCUUGGUGGUGGUACUUUCGAUAUCUCAAUUCUUGAAAUGCAAAAGGGUGUCUUUGAAGUAAAGUCAACUAACGGUGACACUCACCUUGGUGGUGAAGACUUUGACAUUGCCCUUGUCAACCACAUCAUUGGAGAAUUUAAGAACUCAGACGGUGUUGACUUGACUAAGGACAGAUUAGCAGUUCAACGUGUCAGAGAAGCUGCUGAAAAGGCAAAGAUUGAAUUGUCUUCCGCUUCACAAACUGAAGUCAGCUUACCAUACAUUACUGCUGAUGCUUCCGGUCCAAAGCACUUGAACUUGAAGCUUAACCGUUCACAAUUCGAGAAGAUCGUUGGUGACUUGAUCGAACGUACCAUCUCACCAUGUAAGAAGGCUCUCGGUGAUGCUGGUGUUAAGUCAUCAGAAAUCAACGAUGUUAUCCUCGUUGGUGGUAUGACUAGAAUGCCAAAGGUUACCGAAACCGUUAAGGGCACUUUCGGUCGUGACCCAUCUAAGGGUGUUAACCCAGAUGAAGCUGUUGCUAUUGGUGCUUCUAUCCAAGGUGGUGUCUUGGCUGGUAACGUUACUGACAUCUUGUUGUUGGAUGUUACCCCACUUUCACUCGGUAUUGAAACUCUCGGUGGUGUCUUCACUAGAUUGAUCAACCGUAACACUACCAUCCCAACCAAGAAGUCACAAGUUUUCUCAACUGCCGCAGAUGGUCAAUCAGCUAUUGAAGUUAAGAUCUACCAAGGUGAAAGAGAAUUAGUUAGAGACAACAAGAUGCUCGGUAACUUCCAAUUGGUUGGUAUCCCACCAGCACCAAAGGGUGUUCCACAAAUUGAAAUUACCUUCGACAUUGACGCUGAUGGUAUUGUUCACGUUACUGCUAAGGACAGAGCUACUAACAAGGAUCAAUCAAUGACUAUUUCAUCAUCAUCUGGUCUCUCAGAGAAGGAAAUCUCAUCCAUGGUUGAAGAAUCUGAGAAGUACGCUGAAGCUGACAAGGAACGUAAGAACGUUAUUGAAAUGGCUAACAAGGCAGAGAGCAUUGCUACUGACACUGACAAGGCAUUGGGAGAAUUCGCUAGCCAAAUUAACGAAGAGGAAGCCAACAAGGUUAAGGAAUCAGUUGCUAAGCUUAGAGAAUUAGGUGCAAAGGGUCAAUCAGGAGAAGAAAUCACUUCAGAAGAAAUCAAGACCCAAAUUGACGAAACUCAACAAGCUUCACUUAAGCUUUUCGAACAAGUUUACAAGAACAGACAAUCAAACGAAGGUGAACAAAAGCCAGAAGGUGAAGAAAAGAAGGAGUAAACUACUCAUGAAUAGUCAUAGUUUUUUAUAUUAGAAAAGAUAAUCGUUUAAAUGUAUUUUUAUUACAAAAUAACACACAAUUCACUACUCA